AUGCAGCCACACGGGAAGGCCUUCCCGCCCUGCCAGGGUCCAUGGGGAUUAACCCUCAGUCUACCAAGGAAAGCCCCUUUCCUUCCACUUUUCUCUGUGGUGCUUUGGGGUAACCUCCUGUGGGCUGGCUUCCUUCCCCAUCUGGCCUGGGGGGCAGAGACCUUCACCCUGGGAGUACUGGGACCCUGGGACUGUGACCCCAUCUUUGCCCAGGCCCUCCCCAACGUGGCUGCCCAGCUGUCCGUGGACCAAGCCAACCAGGACCCCUCACUGUUGCUGGGCUCACGGCUGGAUUCUGUGAUUCUCCCCACGGGCUGUGACACACCUCAGGCCCUGGCCACGUUCCUGGCCCACAAGGACAGUGUCGCUGCUUUUGUGGGUCCUGUCAAUCCUGGUUUCUGCCCAGCAGCAGCCUUGCUGGCCCAAGGCUGGGGCAAGACCCUCUUCUCCUGAGUGUGUGAGGCCCCCGAAGGAUGAGGUAAACUGGUGCCCACCUUGCCUUCGGGUGCCCAGGUGCUGCUGUCCAUCCUGAGACACUUUGGCUGGGCCGGCAUGGCCAUUGUGUCCUAACACCAGGACUUCUGGGUGGCCACAGCCUGACAGGUGGCCACGACUUUCGGGACACACGGGCUGCCUGUAGGGCUAGUGACUUCUUCGGGACCGGGGGAACAGGGGGCCACAGAGGUCCUGAAGCAGCUCUGCAGUGUGGAUGGCCUGAAAACCGUGGUGCUGUGCAUGCACUCGGCGACCAUCCUGCUGAGCCAUGCAUGGGCCAAAGGCCUGGCCAAUGGGCAGCUCAUCUUCCUGCCCUACGACACACUGCUGUUUGUGCUGCCCUACCGCAACCGCUCCUACCCAGCCCUCGAUGAGAGGGGACCCCUGCGGCAGGUCUACGACAUGGUGCCCACCAUCACCCUGGAGUCCGGCCCCAUAGACAAGGCCUUUGCUGCUGCCAGGGCGAGUGGAGAGGUGGCUGCCCACCUGGAGCCAGAGGAGGUGUUCCCACUCUUUGGAACCAUCUAUGACACUGUGGUCCUACUGGCCCAUGCCCUGAACUGCUCUGAGAGCCAUGGGGCAGGACUCUCAGGGGCCCACUUGGGGAACUACACAGGGACUCUGGACAUGGCCGGCUUUAGCCAGAGGAUCCAGAGGGACGAGAAGGGCAGGAGGCUGGCCCAGUAUGUCAUCUUGGACACAGAUGGUUGGGGAAGCCAGCUGGUCCCCACCCACAUCCUGGACACAGGCACAUGGCAAGUGCUGCCCUUGGGCAGGGCCAUACACUACCCAGGAGGGGCACCUCCAGCUCGCGACUCCAGCUGCUGGUUUGACCCCAAUUCGCUAUGCAUGAGGGGUGUGUACCCCUCGGGCAGCCUCCUUGCCCUGGCCCUGGCCUGUGCCCUGGUGCUGGCUGGAGGGGCCCUCACCUGCCUCAUCAGGUCAGGCAUCCAGCAGCUGCAGCUGAUACAGGGCCCCCACCAGAUUCUGCUGACCACCCAGGAGCUCACCUUCAUCCAUCAGCCCCCAAGCAGACGGAGGCUGCAUGUGGACAGUGCGAGUGAAUCAAGAAGUGUGGUGGAUGACAGGAGUCCGGGGUCAGUGAGGAGCCUGCUAGCCCCCCAGGAGCCCGCCAGUGUAGCCCUGUAUCAGGGAGACUGGGUGUGGCUGAAGAAGUUUGAAGUUAGCACAGCCCAGGAGCUACGGCCGAGUUCCCUCAGCCUCCUGAGAAAGAUGCAGGAGCUGCGGCACAAGAACGUCGCCACCUGUCUGGGUUUCUUCGUGGCCCAUGGGGCCAGAGCUCUGGUGCUGGAGCACUGCUCCCGGGGCAGCCUGGAGGUCCUGCUGUGGAACGAGGCCCUGCGGCUGGACUGGACCUUCAAGGCCUCCCUGCUACUGGAUUUGAUCCGCGGUGUGCGGUAUCUGCACCAUCGUCAUUUCCCUCAUGGCCGCCUCAAGUCCCGCAACAGCAUGGUGGAUGGACGCUUUGUGCUGAAGGUCACUGACCACGGUUAUGCGGAGCUCCUGGAUGCUCAACGGGCUCCCUGCCCCCGGCCAUCCCCAGAAGAGCUGCUGUGGACAGCCCCAGAGCUGCUGUGGGUGCCUGGGGGACCCAGGCGGGGCACUCUCCAAGGAGAUACCUUCAGCAUCGGCAUCAUCCUGCAGGAGGUGCUGACUCGAGGCCCGCCCUACUGCUCCUUGGGUCUUUCAGCAGAAGAAAUCAUCAGGAGGGUGGCAUCUCCCCCUCCCCUGUGCCGGCCCCUGGUGAACUCCGACCAUGGCCCUCUUGAGUGCAUUCAGCUGAUGGAGCAGUGCUGGGAGGAGGCUCCGGAGGACAGACCCAGCCUGGACCAGAUCUACAACCAGUUCAAAAGCAUCAACCAAGGCAAGAAAAUUAGUUUUGCUGACUCUGUGCUACGGAUGCUGGAGAAGUAUUCCCAGAACUUGGAGGACCUGAUCCAGGAGAGAACUGAGGAGCUGGAGCUGGAGAGGCAGAAGACAGAAAGGCUGCUCUCUCAGAUGCUGCCUCCGUCUGUGGCUGAAGCUCUGAAAAUGGGGGCAACUGUGGAGCCAGAGUACUUUGACCAGGUUACCAUAUACUUCAGUGAUAUUGUGGGUUUCACCACGAUCUCAGCCCUGAGUGAACCCAUAGAGGUGGUAGGCUUGCUCAGUGACCUCUACACAUUGUUUGACACUGUCCUGCCCAGCCAUGAUGUAUAUAAGGUGGAGACCAUUGGGGAUGCCUACAUGGUAGCAUCGGGGCUGCCUCAGUGCAACGGAAGCCAGCACGCGGCUGAGGUCGCCAACAUGGCCCUGGACAUCCUCAGCUCUGUGGGUGGCUUCCAGAGGAGGCACACACCUGACGUGCCCAUUUGUGUCAGGGUUGGCGUGCACUCAGGGCCCUGUGCGGCAGGGGUUGUGGGCCUCACUAUGCCUAGGUAUUGCCUCUUUGGAGACACUGUCAACACUGCAUCCCAGAUGGAGUCCACAGGGCUGCCAUACAGAAUUCAUGUCAGCCGAGGCACGGUCCAAACACUGCUCAGCUUGGAUGAAGGUUACAAAAUUGACAUCAGAGGUCAGACUGAGCUAAAGGGGAAGGGCAUAGAGGAAACCUACUGGCUGGUAGGAAAGGCAGGCUUCCCCAGACUCCUCCCUACACCUCUGGACAUCAAACCUGGAGACCCCUGGCAGGACCUCAUAAACCAAGAAAUCAAGGUGGCCUUUGCCAAAGCGUAUCAGGGCACGGCUGGAACCCAGUGCUCAGGAAAGGCCUCAGCCCGGCCCUGA